GAGAGCACUGCUUCUAAACUUGCAAGGCAACUUCGCUACUUCCAUGGAUGUACCCUCCAAGACCAUGUAGAGCAAGAGCUGUCACACAACAGACACCACCAAAGAGAUGAUGUUCACUCUGAGUGUGCCUCAUUUGAGUCAAUCACUAGGCUGCUAUGUGGAGACUACAACAAUGGGACUCCUCUUCCAGAUGUCCUGAGCAAUCCUUGUUUCAAGAGGGCAGAAGGCUUAGCAGAUGGCAUUGACUGUCAGGGUGCCUUUGAAGGCACAAGUCCUAUAGCCUUGCCUAAGGACAUUGGGACAUGCAAUGAGAAGCUGCCAUUAAGCCUCUGCAUGUCCAAAUACUAUCAAAGCAGCACCACAGCCUGUGUUCCUAAGACCACAUUUGACAUUGACAGCCUCUGCUGCUUUCCUAGCAGCCUUGGCUUUGCUUGUCAAGGCAUUCACUGGCUACCUAAUGCAAGCACUGUGCUCAACCUGAGCCACAACAUCCACUUUAGUCUCAAGGUCCUGACAUAUAAUCCAAAGGGAGAGCUAUGUCAGACAGAUCAGCCACUCCAUAAGAUUCCACAUUACUGUUUUGGAACAGCCAUUGGCAUGGAGUCAGUUCUGAUCUACAUCUUCUUUCCAGAGCUACAUCUUGGAAGUGGUAAUGAGCACAGUACUUUCCUUAGCAAUGAGGACUUCAAGCUUUGGUAUGACUCUGUGCUUAUGCCAGCUAUCCAGAAAAGUGUAGCAGAUUCCAAUGUUCUGCAGCACUACCCUGUGUCUGCUGAGGUUGCACGUCUAGAUGCUACUGUGCUGUCAGCUGAGACUUUUGCAAAGAAGAGCUCCUCAAGAGAACAGCUUCUCAAGUAUGCUCUACAGCCACAACAUCUGCACCAAAUCUGGACUUGUAUUCAAGACAGCGUUGCUUGCAAUCCCUUGUUUAGUCGCUUUAGAGGUGCUGCACUCUUUGCACACUCUAAAAACACUAAGCUAGAGUACAUGACUGAAGACCUGAGUACUACAUUCUGCAAGUGGCAGAACUCUUGGUCUAGAGUCACUGAUCCACAGUUCUGCAGUAAGGACUCUACCUUUGUUGAUCUUGGGAAGCAAGUCACUUCAGAGGAUAGCAAUCUUUUACACAACACUGUACCAAGCAUGCACAAAGCAGAAGUGUUUCUUUGGAAAAAGUGCUGCUUGGAUGCCUAUCACAGGUCACGGGUUGUUCUGCUUGCAGACAAUAAGCCAGCCAGAGGCAAUCCUCAUUGUACUGUGUAUCCCUUUGCUACAACAAGAGACAGCACAAAUCAGACCCUCUUUGCUUCACCAAGUGGAAAGGAACGUGCAGAUGGCUUAGUCUACUCUCAGUUCUAUGGAUUGAUUAAGACCCCAUUUGAUACCUCAAAGGCCUACAUCUUCCAACAAGAUGCUGUAGAAAACCUUGCACUAGAUCCUGGGUAUAUCCGCUCUCUCCAACAAGAAGGUGGAGGGAUCACAUUCUCUCAGGCUGUCUGUGAGAAGGCCUAUCUCCACAUGAAGCAGCGAGCACAUGUCAAUCUCAGAGACAAUUUACAGAGGUCAUAUGGGAUCAGAGAAGAGCAUCGGAUAUCUCUAACCAUGAUGGAAGAGAUU